AUGCGGAGCGAUGCGCAGCAAGGCGAGACGCGUGUCGCGAUGGCGGUGCUGCGCGUCGACGACGGUGAGCGGAUGCGCCUCGAGCAGAUGUCGCGGGGCGGCCGAAAAGGGUCGAGCGCUCCGCCUUUCGCUCGGCAAGCUGGCACAAUCGCGGUUUCGAAUCCGCGUCAGCCAGACGAGGCGAUCCGCAACCCCGAUACCGCGCCCGAGCCACACGUCGUCUGCGCCAAUCACGAGAAUGCUAAUUUUGCCGCGGCCCGCGCAGCCAGGACCCUGAGAGGGCUCGGAUCCUGCAGCUGGAGGCCGUACAUCCUCAAGGAGCCCCUCAUCCAAAUCGCUUUGCUCCGCACCUGCCUUCCAGCCUUCACAUCGCUUCCAGCCUCCCUUCGGUCCAACCGACCGACUGGUGACUCGGGCUCUCCGAUCGUUUGUCAAGUCACCUCGCUUCUGCACUGGAAUCACUCGACGAUUCUCACGCUCGGGCUGGUUGGCGGCCGAUCCGAUGGCUCGUUCCCGCACAUUGCUCGCCGUCUAGCACGCAUCGACGUUGCGCAGCUCUCUCGAGCUCGAAGCAGCAUGCCUCGUGCUUCCGACGAAGAGAGGCAGCUUCUCCUCGCCGAGGAGCGCGCGACUCGACAACGCGCUCCCUCGAAUGCCUCCUCCAACCGGCCCAAGCCAACGCGCCGUUUUGCCCGCGCGGCGCAUCACCUCAAGCACCAUUGGCCAGUCCUGCGCCUCUUAGCAGUAGCUUUGCUAUGGGGUAUGGGCAACUAUGGCGCGGCUCCCUCCUAUCUGGACGGCCUUCGCGCAUACACAUGCGCCUACCACUACUCGAAGCAUCCCGAACUCUUGCCUACCCAUCCGCAUCCUCCGCUCCCACGCGACCGCGACCGCCCAUGCGCCGUAUCGGGCGUGGAAAGCAGAGUGGGCAUCGUCGUCGCGGCAGCCACCAUGCUCAGCUUCGUCGUCUCCAGCGUCAGCAUGCUCUUCUACGGUCCACGCCUCGCGCGUUGGGGGCGCAAGCCCAUGCUCGUCAUCUCGCUCGCCUCCAACAUCAUCAACUACCUCCCCUUCGCGCUGCUCCCCUUGGGCUAUCCCUUUGGGGACAUUCCCUCCCAGCUCGCAAUCAGUCCGGCAGCCGCCAUGCUCAUCCUCCUCCUCUGCAGCUUCCUCACCGGCCUCACCGGCUUCGCCGGCCUCUUCCUCUGCGUCAUGCGCGUCAUGAUCGUCGACGUCGCCCCUCCCACCCGCCGCACCGUCAACCUCAACUGGCUCAUCAGCGCAACCCUCUGCGGCGCUUUCUUCGGCCCGCUCCUCGCAGCCUGGGCACUCGAUACUUCUGUCAAGCAUCGCACCCACGCCAUGCUUGUUCAGCUCGUUGGCGCUCCCACCAUUCGCUCAGAGCUUCCCUCGGACCCCAUGACGCCGCCGCCCAUCCCAGGCGCCCCGCAGUCCCCGUCCAAGCACGGAAAUCCCGCCGCACUCGUCGCUUGUUGCUGGGUCUUCCUCCUCGCCAUCGCCUGGACCGUUCUCAUCGUACCAGAGACUAGACCCACCACAGCCGAAGCGUCCGCAUCGCACUCCACGGCAGAAUUCACGCCCUCUCGUGCAAAUGCAGCCAGGAGCGCCGAGGACGAUGGCGCUUCGACACAUGGCUCGCUAUCACCCUCUCGCAUCCGAGCACGGAAACUGCUCGGCCCGCUCUCCAUCUAUCUGCCGCAGCUGACUCACGACGGCCGCAAAGACUACCGCCUCACCUGGCUCGCCUUCGCCGGCAUGUUUGCCAACAUCGGCACAAACGCCCUCCAGUAUGUCGCCAUCUUUGCCGGAUACAAGUUCGACUUUACGCCAGACGCCAUAGGUCUGCUGCUCGGCCUCAUUGGUGCCACACGCGCGGUGUGGCUGAUCGUCGCAAUUCCGCUGCUCGUGCUGCUGUUGGAGCGCACAGUGCGAAAGCCCAGCCGCAUCGCUUCCUUGUCGCCACAGGAAUUGGAAGUGUACGCAAAAGCAGGACUCAAGGAUCCCGACCUCACCCAGCCAGCAGGUCGUCUAGCGGAAGAGCUUGAGAACGACGGAUUGGCGCAACCGGCACAACCUCCUCAGCAAGGUUCCCUCGAUGAGUUCCCGGCUGAUGCAUCCACCGAAACGAUCCGCGCCGUAGUGCUGUGGCGCACAGCCAUCGAUCUGGUGAUCGCCAAAAUCUCCUACUUUGCCGACGUGGUGGGCUACCUGGUCGUGUUUGUCUCUGCGAGCUUCUCCAAUGCAGCGGUCAUGAUCUUUGGCACGCUCUUCCUCUCCUUUGGUGCGGGUGCAGGACCUGCUGUGGCCUCCGCCGCCAUCGCCAUCAUUCAGGACAUGAAGCGCGCCGGUCAUCCGUCUCUGCAUCCCAGCUUGCAUCCUUCACCCACAGACGACUGGCUCGCUGCCCUCUCCAUCUCGGACAACAUCGUCAACGGCAUAAGCCCCAUCCUCAUCAGCAUCGUCUACAGCCUCACCAUCGAGACCGCCCUUCCUUCGACGUGCUUCCUCAUCCCCACCCUCGGCUACGUCCUCUCCUUUGCUUUCCUCGCCUUGGCCAAGUCUCCGUCCAUCAAUUGA